CAUGAAUCAUGACGUUUCAAGGUUCCUUUUCCUCUUUCCUACCUUUCUUGAACAAUUCAUUAGUCUACGUUUGUCUCCCUUUCUUCAUUUCCUUCUUUGUCGUUUAUUAUUCUUCUUAACUUCCAAUCUUCCAUCUUUAAAACAAACAAAUAAAACAUUCUUAAAAACAUAAGAAACAAUAAUGUUUGGGUGGGUUGAAGCAGUAAUUGUGGGAGUAUUUAGUUGUACAAUCAUAAUAAUCAUUAUUGUCCUACUAAUCCGACGACACUUUGCUUCUAAACAAAGUAUCAUACUUACAGAACAUGAUCGACGUCAACAACAACAACCAUCAAGAGAAGCCAAUACGACUACGGUCGAAUUCGAGACCAAAAGAAGGCCAAGUUAUUAUCAUAUCUUCGGCCGUGGCUCAUCGACAAAAACUUCAUUUAAUUGGUCUGACCAUCCGUCCUUGAUUACAGAAGCAGUCGAGAACGGAUGGUCAAGAUUCGCCUUCACAAGCUUAACCAUUAAGACAUCAUUGUUCAACAGUGUACGAUCAACAGGGGAAUAUUUUAACAACCCCGUGGAAGAAAGUUGGGAAAUCGGGUCCGGAUCAGUUGAUUUCAUGCAAAAACUGCACUUCAGAAAAAAGGGCCGCAAAUAUGUAGGUUCACCAGACAGCAUGAAUUAUUACUCCACGGUAAGAAUGAGUUUACCGUUGCCUGGUCCACCAGUGGUGAAAUCGUUUCCUGAAGAGGCGUAUUUUGAGAUAAAUGUGUUGAGUUCAAGUGAAGAUAAUAAUAAUAAUGGAGGUGAAGGCGAAAAAACGAAGUUGUUGAUACAACAGAGUAAUUCUUGUUCUGCUUCAAGUAAAGAAAGUUUGUUCCACGUAAGCAGUAUAAGUGGGUCCCAAUUGUUAGAGGAGUUGAAAAUGGGUAAAAAAAAUGGAGGUGUGAAGAUGUCAAUUGGAUUGAGUGUUGGGGGAAUUGUUACCACAAGGUUGCCGGGAACUUAUCCAGGCUCUAUUGCUUUUAAUUCUGAUGGUUCUGUUUUUCUUGGAGGUAUGAAACUCGUGUUUGAAUCUGGAAAGGAAGAUGAGGUGAAAACUGGAAAAGUAAUUGGUUGUGGAUUCGACCCAAGAAAAAAGAAGGUUUACUUUACAGUAGACUCUGAAUUGGUACAUGAAAUAAAUUGCAAGUCAGAGGAGUUUGGGAUGCCAUUAUACCCAGUUCUUGCAACAAACAUAGACAUAACUGUGCUUGUGAAUUUAGGCCAAAGCAAGUUUAGUUAUCCUCCAGCAAAUUCUUAUAGGACUCCAAAUCCAUGCUUCAUCUGUCCUGUUGCAAAUUCAUCUCCAACAGCAUUGCGCUACGAAGACAGCAAGGAGUUAUUCUCCAUGGGAAGGAUUGAUGCUGAGUGGCUCAGCCAUAGUGCAACAACUAAAAGUACAGUUAGUAAUAGUAGUGAUCAUGGUUACAACGAGGAAGAGGAGGUUCUAGAGGCUGAAUUAUUUGAAAUAGUUUUGGAUUCUACAGGAAGGUGACUUAACAUAGUAUAAGAGUAAUCAAGGCAUCACAUUUUUUGUUAGGAUAACAAUUUUAUGACCCACAUUUUUAUUUAGAAGCAAAAAGCAUCUUAAUUUUCUAUGCAAAA